CCAAGAAGUUUGGGAGUGUACGAGGUCUAGUCUACUGCCUACCUAUCCAAUCAAAAUGAACGGCCAGAUGCUUAAUGGUUUCCACGAUGAUCUCAUCGACGAAGGCAGCUUUCUCUUUACCUCUGAGUCAGUCGGGGAGGGGCACCCUGAUAAAAUCUGUGACCAGAUCAGUGAUGCGGUCCUUGAUGCUCACUUGAAACAAGACCCAGAUGCCAAAGUUGCUUGUGAAACUGUGGCCAAGACUGGAAUGAUUCUUCUUGCUGGCGAGAUCACCUCCAGGGCAUCGGUGGAUUACCAAAAAAUUGUGCGGGACACAAUUAAACACAUUGGCUAUGAUGACUCCUCCAAAGGGUUUGACUACAAGACUUGCAAUGUGCUGGUUGCUUUGGAGCAGCAGUCCCCAGAUAUUGCACAGGGGGUUCACUUGGACAGAAAUGAAGAGGAUGUGGGGGCUGGAGACCAGGGUCUGAUGUUUGGUUAUGCCACUGAUGAAACCGAAGAAGGCAUGCCUCUGACAAUAGUUCUUGCACACAAACUAAAUGCUAGAAUGGCAGAGCUACGUCGCAAUGGUACACUGCCCUGGCUUCGACCUGACUCCAAGACCCAGGUGACUGUUCAGUAUAUGCAGGACCGUGGGGCUGUCAUCCCAAUCCGGGUACACACCAUUGUAGUUUCAGUGCAGCAUGAUGAGACCAUUUGCCUAGAUGAAAUGCGUGAUGCUCUCAAAGAAAAGAUUGUAAAGGCUGUGGUCCCUGCUAAGUACCUAGAUGAUGAUACCAUUUACCAUCUGCAGCCAAGUGGGCGCUUUGUGAUUGGUGGUCCACAGGGUGAUGCUGGCCUUACUGGGCGCAAGAUUAUUGUGGAUACCUAUGGUGGAUGGGGAGCCCAUGGUGGCGGUGCCUUCUCUGGCAAGGACUACACUAAAGUUGACCGCUCAGCGGCCUAUGCUGCUCGUUGGGUAGCCAAGUCUCUGGUUAAGUCUGGACUGUGUCGUCGUGUCCUUGUUCAGGUUGCUUAUGCCAUUGGAGUUUCCCACCCUCUCUCUAUUUCUAUUUUCCACUAUGGGACCUCUCAGAAAAGUGAGAGGGAGCUGUUGGCUAUUGUCAAGAAGAACUUUGAUCUGCGUCCAGGUGUCAUUGUCAGGGAUCUGGAGCUGAAGAAACCCAUUUAUCAGAGGACUGCAGCCUAUGGUCACUUUGGUAGGGACAGCUUCCCUUGGGAAGUACCCAAAAAGCUGGAGUAUUAAAUGUUAGGCUUUUCCUCCUCAGACCUGCUGGCGUUAUAUACAGAGAAGCUUGUAGGCUCUUGUGGGAGGAAAAGGCCCAAUCUAACCAUUUCUGUCAUUCUCUUGACUCACUGUAGUGUCUCCAGUGCCACUUUUCUUCUAUGAGGGGACCAUGUAUAAUAGGUCUUCUGUGUAUUCCUUUAGUACCAAUUGAGCCCAUAUCUGUCAAUACUAUCUGGCAGAUAAGGUUGUUAUUCCAAUAGCCUUGAUACCCUUUGCUUGUCGGUCCCUGCCCUCCCACUGUUCCAGUACAUCUUCCAUCUCCCGACAGUAUUUGUUUUGUGUCAAACCCAUAAUAUGCAUAACAAACUUUACCAGGAGCAGCCUUUCUGACAAUCCUAGUUGCCUCCUGUAUGGCUGGAGUGCAUUUAAAAUUCAUUUGCAUCGGACUUGUUGCGCUGACUUAAACAUUUUAUAUUCAUUGGGCACUUCCAAGUGGAACAAGUGCUGGUGCAGACCAUACGCUCCUAGUGUGUAUUCUCCCAAGAGGUUUGCCCCCAUUACCCAUAUUCCCCCCCCCCCCCCCCCCCCCCCCCCCCCCCCAGGCCACACUGCACAAUCCUCCUCUCUGCCUUGUUCUUUUUAAGAUUAUUUAAUUCUGCAAGCCUAGUGAAGUGUCUUAUUAUUUAUUUCCCCCCCCACUCUGCAGCUGGCUGGUGUGGCUACAGAGAAACCAGUACAGAGCAGAGGAUAGACACAAGCUGUCAUGCAGGACAGGGAGUGAGUUCUUACUUGAAAACAACUGUAAUGAUUAUUUAUUAUGUUGCUAGGCUUGGGCGUAAGUACAGAGUAGCCUUUGCCUUUGGUGACUUUUUUUAUUUUUAAAAUAACACUUGAUGCUGUAAUAAGUGGUUCUACUCCAUGUGCUCUCUGCCAGCUCAAGGUGUAGUACAGAAAAACCUUGGCUGUAUUCUGCAGGGGUCCUGGCUGUUGUAAAACUUCCCUACCUUCACUCGGAGCCACCGCUGCACAGAAGCUGGCUUUUACCAGUGUUGUACAGAGAAACUGGGCGUUUACAAGCUUUCCUUGCAGCGGUUGCCCUGACUGCGUGAGGUAGCACAACCACUCCCCCCCCCUCCCCUUUUUUUUAUUUUAAAACUAUUCCAAUGUCUCUGGCUCUUCAGCAGAAGAUUUCAUGAAUAAAGUAUUAGGUUCACCCUUUAAUCAUGUCUUGGUUUUUGUUUUAACAAUAAAUACAGUGUACUCAAUGACUGAA